ACACCAAGGAGAGAAAUUCACAAAAUAGCAUUCAUUAAAGGCUAUAAUGUUCAUAAUGCCCUUGUUUUAAAAUUAAUUAAACAAACAAAAAAAAAGAAAAAAAAUAAAAAAUGCCUUUCUCUCUCUCACGCAACGUCGAUCUCUUCGACGGGAAGCGACGGCGACGACGCUCUCCGAUUUCGAUCGCCGAGGUAAUCCAGCGGUGGUGCAGGAGGAGAGUCUUCAUCGGGAACUGCUUCCGUCAGCCCUGCGAAAGUGAUAGGGAGGUUCCGGAAACUGAGAUCCGUGGAGCUUAGGGGAAACCGCACUUUGCAGACUUUAAUCUGGUGCCGGAGGGAUGGGGAGGGUACGUGUAUCCGUGGAUAGAGGCGAUGUCGACGUCGUACACGUGGCUGGAGGAGAUAAGGCUGAAGAGGAUGGUGACAAGUCUCUUCACCAGCCAGGGCCACAGGGAGUUUUCAAAUCAGUGCCUGAUAAAGAGGAACAAGAGGACAUCAACCUUCUACUUGUAUCUCGCCCUCACUCCAUCACUCCAUCAUUCACUGAUAAGGGGAAGUUUCUUCUGGCGGCAAGAAGGUUCAGGACCGGAGCUUACACUGAGUACAUUAUAUCACUUGACUUUUCACUAUGGAUGGAUUGUGAACCUUCACCACAUGUUGUCAAAGGCUGUGAUUAAGUCCAAUCCUAGUGUCUUAUGGUGCUACAAGGACAAAUUUGAUAUCAGCAGGUUCGGUUCUUGAUGCCAAAGUCUCAAGCCUUAGCUCUGGAGAGUGAAUUGAAAGUUUAUAACUUUGUCAUAUUGUUAAUAUGUCAUUCGUGUGGUUUUCUGGAUGGCUAUCCUGAAGCCUUUUCAGUAAUUCUAUAAAGAAAGGCUUUUCAGGAUGGGUUUCGAGAAAAAAAAAGUGUUCUAUUACAUAAUUUUUUUUCGAAAAAAUCUGUUUUUGAAGAGAAUCAAAAAGCGUAUAAGGAAUGUUAGAUAAUUCUUGUUCUGGAUGGCUAUCCUAAAUUGGAACUU